CUAACCGUGCAGACGUUUGAAUAUCACUAAAUAUUUGUAUUGAAGAUCAGCAAUGGGUCUAAGCUUUAGCAAGUCAAAAAAGAAAUAUGAAGUGGAAUCUGCAACAAAGCCAAGUGCAGCUCCAGAGAUUGUGAAUGCAAUGCCCAUCCCCCAGUGGAUUAACGAAGCACAUUUUGUGGAAAUUCUCACCCAAACUGUGCCCCAGUUUUCUAAAAUUCAUAGCUUCAAUAUAAAGCCCGCUAUGGGAGCUGGCGAGAACUAUGCGACCCUCAUGCUAAGAGUGAAUAUCGAUGUAGAACUCAAAGAUAAUACCGUCAAACACAAUUCAUUUAUGAUGAAAGUGCCCCAUGACACUGCUCAAAUGCAAGAAAUGUUGCAAAUGGCCAAUUUCUUCGAUGUUGAGAAUGAGGUCUACAUAGAUCUGAUACCGAAAUUCGAGGAGCUCUACAAGUCCAAAGGCUUAGAUAUAACCCUUGCACCUCGCGCCUACAGAUUCGAUGAAGGCGUCAAGAUCGAGCCCAAACUCAAAAACACUGUUCUCAUGUACGAUCUGGGUCAGGAUGGUUAUAAGAACGCCAAUCGCUUCAAGGGCCUCAACGUAGAACAGGCCGAGUUGGUGCUCAGAAAACUUGCUCAAUAUCACGCCGCAAGCGCUGCCUACAAAAGCAUUCACGGACCAUACACCGAUACUAUUAUGUAUGGCAUGUUUGGUAAAGAUCCUCAGGUAGCUAUAGCUAUAAUGGAGAGAAUGUUUGUGUCGACACAGAACAUUUUCCUAGAUACUCUACAAAACUAUGAAAACUGCGAACAAUAUCACGAGAAGUUGAAAACAUAUUUUUCGAAAAUCAACAAAUUGUUUAUUGAAAUGGGCAUGCCCAAAGCUGAUGAGUUCAAUGUCAUUAACCAUGGGGAUUGUUGGGUCAACAAUUUUCUCUUCAAAUUUGAUCAGUCUGGAAAGGUGCAGGAUAUGCUUUUUGUGGAUUUCCAAAAUCCCAGAUAUGGUCAUCCUACACAGGAUCUUUUAUACUUCAUUAUGACCUCAGUGGACAUACGCUACAAACUAACUUACUUUGACUACUUCGUAAAAUACUAUCACGAUCAGCUGGUUAAGCAUCUCAAGCUGCUCGAUUAUAAGGAGCCUGUACCCAAGUUGAUGGAGCUGCAAAUGGAGACCUAUAAGUAUGGCGGCUGGGCCAUCAUGGCCUGUUAUAUGGUGCUGCCUCUGGUGCUGCUCGAUCCGACGGAGUCGGCCACAUUCGAGAACUUCUUUGGUAACAGUGAGGCAGGAGCAAACUUCAAGAAGCAAAUGUACACGAGCAAACGAUAUAAACGGUACAUCGAACAGAUUCUGCCGUGGUUGGAUAACCGCGGCUUAUUAGAGAUCUGCGAGCCACCGCAAGCAGUCCAAGCUGCAGCUGUGCCAACAAUUCCUUCAGCUGAGAAGGUUGAGAUCGACUCGAGUGUGCCCUCAUGGGUGAACAAAGACUAUUUCGUAAAGCUGCUUAAAGCAGAGAUUCCCGACUUCAAGGAUAUUCGGGAUUUCCGUGUUAAGAAAGCCACCCAAGGGGGUGAUAAUUACGCCUCCAUAAUGCUCUCUGUCGAUAUUGAUUUCCAAACAGUUCAUGAUCAAACAUUGAGUAAGUCUUUCAUGCUGAAAGUUCCACCAGCGAAACAAGCAGAGAUUCUCGACAUGAUGCAAACCUUCAAGAAGGAAAUAGCCAUGUACACCGAUGUCAUUCCGCAGCUGGAGCAGCUAUACAAGCAGGCUGGCCAGUCCGUUGUCUUUGCUCCCAAGAGUUAUAGCCUGCCGAGUAGGCCCGAUUGCGAUCACAUUAUCUUACAGAAUCUUCGUCUAGCGGGCUACAAAAACGCAAAUCGCCUACAGGGACUGAGUGUUAAGGAGACAGAGCAGGUCUUGGCCAAAUUGGCCCUGCUACAUGCCGCGUCCGCACAGCUCUAUGUAACCAAAGGACGCUAUGCUGACUGCCUGGAUAAGUCGAUCUACACUGAGAGCAUACGUCCCGUAUAUGAAAAUGAUUUUGCGAAAGCUUUACUCGCUGCAAAUAUAAAGGCAAUGCGAAGCCUUAAAGGCAGCGAAAUCUUUGGCGAUAAGGUGGCCAAAAUACUGAACAAUAUGUUCGAUUAUGAAAUCAAAGCAGGCGUCUAUGAUGAAACCCAAUUCAAUUGCAUCAAUCAUGGCGAUUGCUGGACAAACAAUGUGAUGUUCAAAUACAAUGCAGAGGGCGAGAUUACGGACACACUCUUUGUGGACUUCCAGAGAUCGACCUUCAACAGUCCCGCCGUUGAUUUGUAUUACCUACUAAUGUCCUCACCUAGUCUAGAUAUAAAGCUUGAGAAAUUCGAUUACUUUAUACGCUACUAUCACACCGAGCUGCAGCGCAAUCUGGAGUUGUUAAAGUAUCCCCGACACAUACCAACGCUCAGCGAGCUCCAUACCAUUCUGCUGAAGAAUCCCUUGAGCGCCGUAACUACAACGGCGCUGAUAAUGCCGGCGGUACUGGUCGAUCCCACCGAAAAUGCGAGCAUUGAUACCAUGAUGGGCACCAAUGAGGAGAGCCAGGAGUUUAAAAAUAAGCUCUAUUGCAACGACAGAUAUCGUAAACAUGCUGAGGCGAUCUAUCCUUGGCUAAAUAGCAAAGGCCUCUUAGAUCUUGAGUAAAAUUUUACUGGA